AUGAAAGUCAUGAAUGAGCAUAUGGGUGAUUUCAUAGAGGAAUUUGCUAGAUUGUAUGACUAUGCUGAGGAGUUGAAGUCUACAAAUCCAGGAACUACUGUGGUUGUUAGGACAUCCAAGAAUACAAUUCCUGGAAAAGAGGUAUUCCAAGGGAUUUAUAUUUGUCUUGGAGCAUUAAAAAGUGGUUGGAUGGAGGGGUGUAGAAGGAUAAUUGGUUUUGAUGGUGCAUUUCUGAAAGGUGUAUGUAGAGGUGAACUGUUGUCUUGCAUUUCCAAGGAUGGAAAUAAUCAGAUGUACCCUGUAGCAUGGGCAGUAGUUAAUAAAGAAUCCAAGGACACAUGGUCUUGGUUUAUCAAGUGCAUCAAACAUGAUUUGGAACUGACACAAACUGAAGGUGAAGGACUGACAGUUAUGUCUGAUAUGCAGAAGGGUCUUAACCUAGCACUUGUUGAUUUAUUACCAAAUGCUGAGAUUAGAUGGUGUGCUAGACAUAUAUGGGCCAACUGGAAGAAGGUAUGGAGUGGUGAAGAAAGGAGGAAGAAGUUUUGGCAGGUUGCCAGGGCUCCGUUUGAAGUUCAUUUACAAUCAAAGCUUGAUGAAAUGAGUUUGUUGGUAGUAGGUAUUGUGGAAGCUUUGUUAAAGUACAACAAAAAUGCAUGGUGUAGGGCAUUAUUCAAGGACCAUAGCAAGUGUGACAUAGUUGAGAAUAAUAUGUGUGAGACAUUUAAUAGUUGGAUCUUGGCAGCUAGAUUCAAAUCAAUCAUCACAAUGUUAGAGGAAAUUAGAGUCAAAGUCAUGGAAAGAAUGACUCAAAUGAGGGAGUUUUCUGAAAAAUGGAUAACUGAUGUGUCACCUAUGGCUAUGCAAAUUCUUACUGACAAUGCUGAACAUGCAGCCAUAUGUGAAGUUAAAUUUAAUGGAGAUAAUGGCUAUGAGAUUCAGCAUCCACCAUAUAAACAUGUUGUUAAUCUCAAAAAGAAAGUGUGCAGUUGUAGGUCAUGGCAACUGAAGGGGAUUCCUUGUGCACAUGCAAUUACUGCAAUGCAUUACAAGGAUCUAGAUAUUGAGUCAUUUGUUGAUCACUGGUACAAGAAGGAAACAUAUUUGAAGGCCUACAGUAGGUUCAUUCAACCUAUGACAAACAUGAAGAUGUGGCCCAAGAGCACAAGGCCAUCCAUUGAGCCACCUGAAAUCACUCCUAUGCCAGGAAGACCAAGGAAAAAAAGGUCUAAAGAUAGUGAUGAGCCUAGUAAGAAGAAGUUUGGAAAGGCUACAAGGAAGGGGAGAAAAAUGAAAUGCUCUUUGUGCAGGAAUUUUGGACAUAACAAGAAAAGAUGUCCAAUUGCUAAAAAUGGCUAUACUACUGGAACUGCAAGAACUGCUACAGGUGGAAGUGGUGGUGCAACUACUUCAGCUGCUUCUACAGGCGUAACUGGUGGGGCUACUGGUGGUGCCACUGGUGAAAGUGGUGGUGCAACUACUUCAGCAGCUUCUACAGGUGUAAUUGCUUCUGCAACUACUGAUAAAGUGUUACAUUGUGCACCAUUGAAGAGUUCAGUGCCUACCAAUAUCGAUCUUGGUUACAAACCCAAUGGACUAAGGUGGAAGGGUGGAGCUGCAGUUACUCAAAGGCAGCUACAAGAACAAAGUUACAAGCGAGCCACUCAGUCCACACCAAGCACUCAAGAUACAUAA